AUGAUUAUUCAGUUUAAAUUUCGCACACCUUCUUCCUCUCCUCGUCUCUCUCUGUCUACGACGCAUAGACCUUCACUUCUUCUUGUGUAUCAAUCCAUACGUACAAUUGCUGCCAAUCCAGUUCCCGCUCAAUAUUUUCCGAUCAUCUCUACCGGUAAUCAUCGAUCGGACGAUGUAAGAAGAGCAAUAGGAAUCCGUCGCCAUUUUUAAAUCUCCGUGUCUCUCUCUCUCCUUGCGACUCAGGCCUCCGAGCGGAGCGGAGAGGAGGCCAACCGUACGCAAGCCCUAGACGGAGAUCCGAUUGAACAUGUCUAGUUCUCUACCGUACUCUGUGAAGGAUGUUCAUUAUGACAAUGCUAAGUUUCGACAGAGAUCCUACUUGAAGGUGAUGACUCAGAAUUUACUCACUGGUAGCAGAAAACGCGAUUGUCUAAGUUGUAGCACGGGGAAGUUUCUAGUAUUACUUUUGGUCUUUGGCUUGGCAUAUCUGUUUUUGACAAGUACUCCUGUCCAUGUUCCCAAUCAAGUGGCCAAAGUAAGUGAGAGUAAUGAGAAAGGAGAGUUCAAGAUUAAUGGUGGCAUCAGCUUCAAGAACUUAUGGAGGAGAGCUCCUAGGCUUCCUCCUCGAUUACCACCAGAUGAAAAAGGUAGCAAUACUAGCUAUCAUAUUGAUCCAAACAUGCUAGUCUCUGAGUCUUUAUGGAUUUCAAGGCAACAGAAAGUGAAGGAUGCUUUUAUCCAUGCAUGGUCCGGCUAUAAAAGGUAUGCAAUGGGGAAUGAUGAACUCAUGCCACUGAGCCAGACAGGAACGGACGGGUUAGGAGGUUUAGGUGCUACAAUUGUGGAUGCCCUUGACACUGCCAUGAUUAUGGGUGCUAGUGAUAUUGUCUCUGAGGCAGGCUCAUGGGUUGAAAAACACCUUCUGGAUAGAAUUAAGGAAAAAGGUCAAGUCAAUUUAUUUGAAACUACCAUACGUGUUUUAGGUGGUCUUCUAAGUGCAUACCACUUGAGAGCAGGAGAAUAUGGGAAGAACUUUGAAAAUGAAGGACCUAAGCCAGCUGUUUAUCUAGAAACCGCUAAGAACUUGGCUGAUCGUUUGCUAAGUGCUUUUACCUCCAGCCGGACCUCUAUUCCUUUCUCUGAUGUUGUUUUACAAAAUUUCUCGGCUUAUGCAGCUCCUGGUGGAUUAAGUAGUACAUCCGAAGUUUCUACUUUGCAGCUGGAAUUUAAUUAUCUUAGUACUGUUUCAGGCGACCCAAAGUAUUCAGUUGCUGCCAUGAAGGUCUUGGAACACAUGAAGAACCUUCCGAAAGUGGAAGGUUUGGUUCCCAUCUAUAUUAGCCCUGAUACUGGCGAUUUUAUUGGAGAAACCAUAAGACUGGGAUCUCGUGGUGAUAGCUACUAUGAGUAUCUACUCAAAGUAUGGAUUCAGAAGGGAAUGAGAGAAAACAAUAAUUUCACUUAUCUACAUGAUAUGUAUGAAGAAGCCAUGAAAGGUGUUAAGCAUCUUCUUGUUCGGAAGUCUGUUCCAAAUGGCUUGGUUUUUGUUGGAGAAUUGCCUUAUGGAUCAAAUGCUGCUUUUAGUCCGAAAAUGGACCACCUGGUAUGUUUCUUACCAGGCACCCUUGCUCUUGGUGCCACCAAGGGAAUGAGCAGGGACGAAGCAAUGAGAAAAAGCUUGUUGAGCUUUGACGAUCUGGAAAAUCUAAAACUGGCAGAGGAUCUAGCAAAAACUUGCUUUGAGAUGUAUGAAGUAACCUCAACCGGUCUUGCCCCAGAAAUAGCUUAUUUCCAUACUGAGGAAUAUUCCGAACAAGGUCUCGGUGGUGGAAAUAAAAAAUCGAAAUAUAUUGAUGACAUAAUAAUCAAGUCACUGGAUCGUCAUAAUCUGUUGCGGCCUGAAACAGUCGAGUCACUGUUCGUCCUGUAUCGUAUCACAGGCAACCCGAAGUACCGUGCAUGGGGCUGGCAGAUUUUUGAAGCAUUCGAGAGGCAUACGAAGGUUAGUAGUGGUGGAUAUACAUCACUAGAUGAUGUUACUUCAAUUCCUCCCCGGAGAAGGGACAAAAUGGAGACAUUCUUUCUGGGGGAGACUCUCAAGUAUUUGUACUUACUAUUUGGGGAUAGUUCCGCGAUUCCACUGGAUAAAUAUGUGUUCAAUUCUGAAGCACAUCCGCUACCAAUUGAAGGCAAUACUCCGAUGAAAUGAUACCAAA